AUGACAGACAAACAUCAACCAACCAUAACCAUCUUCCGUGGUUUCUCAUGCACAGCAAACUACGCCUGGUCCCCCUUCGUCACCAAGCUCGAGGCCCGUCUCCGAUUUGCUGGUGUAUACUAUAAUCUCGAGCAAGGGUCAAUCAUUAAAGCUCCUCGAGGGAAAAUUCCAUACAUCUCCAUCACAUCGAAACAUAACAAUGAGCCGGAAUUUCUUUCAGAUUCACAACUCAUCAGUGGCCAAUUGACGGAGAAUGGUAUCUUACCUGACCUCAACGAGGAGUUGUCGCCGACUGAGGAGACCAUGGAUCAAGCCUUGAGAGCUUUGUUAGAGGAUAAGCUAUAUUUUUACAAUACGAACGAACGCUGGAAUGAGAAUUACUAUACCAUGCGUGAUGGUGUCAUGGCUUCUAUACCCUACCCUAUCCGCGUGAUAGUAGGAUACAUUGCAUGGCGCAAAACCAACACUACCCUACACGGCCAAGGAACGGGGCGGUUUUCUCUUGAAGAGAUUCAUUCAUUCCGUAGCAAAAUUUGGCACGAUAUCGACAAUUUACUUGCCGAGUCGAGACACAAGACUUCUGCUGCCGCUGCCGGUCGGAAUGUAUUUUGGGCUCUGGGGCGGAAAGGGCCUACUGAGGUUGAUACGAGUUUGUUUGGGUUUAUAAUUGGUGGAUUGGUUUGUGAUGCUGGCCCCGAAUCUAGGAAGUUGAUUCGCAGUUUACCGAAUGUGAUUGAAUAUGCGCGUAGGAUCCAUGAGGAAUAUUUUCCUGAGGAAAAUCAGCAGAGCAACCUCCAAAGCUCAAAUCCAUUUACGAAGCAGGGAUCUACAGCUCUUCGAAAAGGCAAAAUGUUGUUUGUACAAACAUCCCCCGACACAAAGAUUCAUCUCCGUCUGGUGAAAGAGUCAUCCAUCUCUUCAUCCUCCCCUUUGAUUGUCUUCCUACAUUACUGGGGUGGCUCAAGUUCAACCUGGUACAAAAUUACUUCACCCGACUCACCGUUUUCCCUGAGCUCCCGCUACCCCAGCGUCUCAAUGGACCAUCGAGGAUGGGGAGAAUCCACUGGACCUACUGCACAGAACGGUGGUACAGCAAAAGAUUAUUCCGUCACGCCACUCGCAUCAGACCUUGUCUCUGUGUUACAAACCCUAAGGACGAAUGAAGCCACAGCAUCCGUCGUCAAGAACAACGGUAUUGUCUUCGUCGGCCACUCGAUGGGUGCAAAGGUCAUUUUAGCUGCCCUCGGAAGUGCCUCGGAUGAUAUCCUCGCACUUGUCAAAGGUUUGGUUUUGGUGACACCAGCUCCACCGACACCUCUCAUUCUGCCGCCGGACAUGAGUGAGCAGCAGGAACAUGCUUACGACAGCAAGGAAUCCGUGCAAUUCGUACUGUCGAACAUUCUUUCAUCACCCGAGCUAUUGACGGAUGAGGACAUGGCGAUGGUCGUGAGAGAUAGUCUGGUUGGAAACACGUUGGCAAACGAAGGAUGGAUCAGAUAUGGAAUGAAGGAGGAUCUCAUUCCAGUUUUGGAUGAACUUGCUUCGCGGCCUCAUAUUAUGAAUGUUAAGGUGAGUGUGUUGGCUGGUGAGUUUGAUGUGGUGGAGCAAAAGGAUCGAGUGCAGAGUGAAGUUGUGGAGAUGCUUGCUGCGAGAGGUUUCAAUGUUGGGUUUAGUGUCGUCAAGGGUGCGAAGCAUUUGAUCCCUUUGGAGUAUCCGGAGGCAGUGUCGCGUGCUAUUGAUGAGGUGCUGAACUGAUAUUUUUGGAUGCAUGUAAUACUCGUUAGGUACAAUUGUAUCACGGGUUGUGGCGUCCCGCGAGUCUAGAUCACCGUCUUGGAAGUAUCUGGAAUGCACUUGAGACCAUGUGGUCGUUAAUCCAACGGCCACUGAAUUCUUGACUUGGAUAUUAAAUGUGAGCAUUCUUGAGGCUCUUGGCCGACGCCACCGGAUAUCUCGCAGUCUGGCGUAGAUAUCGUUAACAAUGUUGUAGUAGAAUGUAUGAGUUCUUGAUCCCGGGCAAUAUGAGAGUACCUAUAGAGACACUUAUGAAAGAACGGGCCUGACAAUGACCCUG